AUGUCUGAUUACUACAAUAACGAUAAUAAGGCUCAAUAUAGCCGUCCUGCUGCUCCGCCACCAGGUCAUCCUGCUGCUAGAGAUUAUAAUAAUGAUCAAAAACAAGAUUAUUAUGAUAAUAACAACAAUAAUAAUAACAAUAAUAAUUAUGACAACAACAACUAUGAUAACAAAAACAAUUACAACAAUUACAACAACAAUCAACAGCAACAACCGCAACAACAACAACAACAACAACAACAACAACAACAACCAAAUCAACAACAGUAUUAUCAGCAACAACAACAGCCUCAAUACUAUCAGCAACAACCGCAACAACAACAACAACAACAACAGCAACCAAAUCAACAACCAGUCUAUGUUCAACAAAAGCCUCCAAGCAAUAAUAACCAAGAUUGUUUAGCUGGUUGUCUGGCCGGUCUAUGUGUUUGUUGCGCAUUGGACAUGUUGGUUUGA